CCCCGCUUUUGAGACGUUAGAACAUCUUGGAGCAUUUUUCGAGCCGCUACUUGUUUUCAUCACUACCAGAAGAACACAUCUCUGAACCUAAGAACCUAAUAAGGGAUAGAAAUGAAGGCUCUCGUGGUCAUGCUUUUGGCGACCGGCUUGCUUUUGACAGCUGACGCUGUCAAGAAGCACCGACGCGUUCAAGGAGGUGGGUUCUCUUGGGACCAUCGCCGAAGUGCUGGAAUGUGGAAUGACAGCCCUCAAGAUGGCCAGGAUGAGAUCCCAGAUGUCAUCCAGGCAAAUGACGUUGAUGCCCUUGAGGACGGGGACGAUAACACUGACGAGAUGCCUGGUGUUUAUAGGAUUGAAGAACCUUGCCGAGAGAUGGAAUGUGGGGCUGGCCGUGAAUGCUGGUUCAAUGAGGAGUCCGAAGAGGGUGAAUGUCGGUGUAUUGUGGAAUGUGGCCGUGAGAAUGAUCCUCGUCGACAAGUCUGCUCAAACCACAAUGUGACCUACCCCACAGAAUGUGAUCUCUUUCGGGCCUUAUGUUUGUGCGAAGAAGGUUCAGAGGAGUGUGAAGAUCCCGAGAAAUUGGCCGACGCUCACAUUGAAUACUACGGUGCGUGUCGAGAUAUUCCCAAAUGCGCCAGUGAGGAAUUGGCAGACUUUCCCCGACGAAUGCGGGAGUGGUUGUUCAACGUGAUGCGGGAACUGGCCGAGAGGAAAGAGUUGUCUUAUCACUACCAAAAAAUGGAGCAAGAGGCUGAGGAGGAUCUCAGUAAACGUUGGGAGAAUGCCGCCGUGUGGAAAUGGUGCGAUUUGGAUGGCGAACCUGCAGACAAAUCUGUUUCCAGACAUGAACUCUUCCCCGUAAAAGCCCCAUUGCAGAGCUUGGAGCAUUGCAUUGGUGACUUUCUGGAGGGUUGUGAUGUGGACGGCGAUCACCAGAUCACUCUGAAGGAAUGGGGCGCUUGCUUGAACUUGGAGGCGUCCAAUUUGGAGGCACGAUGUGAGACUCUCAACAAAUCCGACGAAUAAGAUGGAGAGCUAUGUGUACUACUUUGUAUUUAAAUAAACCCAGGAAAACAUUUCAGAAAGCA